ACUUACGACACGACGGUUGGACCCUGGCGCUGCUCGUACAACGACCGCAUCGAGGAUGUCAAGAAUUUUGGUGCAAGCAACAAGGAGACUCUCGCAGAGCUGUUGGUGGCAUUUUUCGACCAUUGGGCUUGGCGCCACGACUACAACGGUUCCGUGGUGUGUGUGCGCACGGGUGGCACGAUGCCCAAGGCUGCCAAGGAUUGGACCAAGCGGCAGGGUAACGAGCGGCACCUGAUGUGCAUUGAGGACCCCUUUGAGCUCAGCCACGACCUGGGCCGCACCAUCGACAAGGCGGCCGUGCAGGUUCUGCGGCGCGAAUUUGAACGCGCAGCUCGUAUUUUCGCAUCCAACCCGGAUCCCCUGUCGGAGUUGUUGGCUCCCUUGACACCCGAGGAG